CGAGCACGCCACGAGAUCUUUCCUUUUCACCGUAAAACUCCGGGAUUUCACUUGUUUUGAGUUGCACACGGUCUUGUUAUCGAACUCGCCCCACCUUAAGGUUAUACGUUUUAAACCACCUUUUUUUUUUCAUUCGCUCGGGACCUAAAUGACGUCACGGCUUCUCUGUAACUCUGGUUGCAGCGUCCGGCAGUCUGAGUCGCCGGGAGAACACAGCGCGUGAAAACACACACACGGCGUAGUGGGUGGAGACUUCUCGGUGCAUGGAGCUGCGCGCGGAGCCGGUGGUGGCAAGUCUGGAGAUGUCUGAGCUGCAGGGCGACGGCGACGGAGAGGACUCCGAGGCCGACAGUUACGAGAGUUUGCCGCAGCACGCGUCCUUCAGCACGCACAUGACAGCCGGUGCAGUGGCAGGAGUGCUCGAGCACACGGUCAUGUAUCCGGUGGACUCCGUUAAGACACGUAUGCAGAGUUUACAGCCAGACCCGAAGGCUCAGUACCGCAGCGUGUACGGGGCUCUGAAACAAAUCGUGAUGACCGAAGGCCUUCUGCGGCCCCUCAGAGGCCUCAACAUCACGGUGCUGGGGGCGGGGCCGGCCCAUGCGCUGUACUUUGCAUGUUACGAGCGUAUCAAACGCAGCCUCAGCGAUGUCAUUCAGAACGGCGGAAACAGCCACAUCGCCAAUGGGCUGGCAGGAAGCGUCGCCACUGUGCUCCACGAUGCCGUCAUGAACCCUGCCGAAGUGGUGAAGCAGCGCAUGCAGAUGUAUAACUCGCCGUACCGAGGCCUGUGCGACUGUGUGCUGGCAGUAAGUCGUAACGAGGGCUUGGCCGCCUUCUACCGCAGCUUCAGUACACAGCUCACCAUGAACAUCCCAUUCCAGGCUCUGCACUUUAUCACGUACGAGCUCAUGCAGGAGCGUCUCAACCCGCAGCGCCAGUACCGCCCAGGAACGCACGUGGUAUCGGGCGCAGCAGCAGGCGCCGUAUCGGCCGCGCUAACCACACCGCUCGACGUGUGCAAGACGCUUCUGAACACACAGGAGGACGUGGCAUUAAAUUCGGCUCGCGUCAGCGGCCAUCUUUCAGGCAUGGCCAACGCCUUCAGGACAGUCUACAGGCUGGGAGGCAUCCCCGCCUUCUUUAAAGGUGUGCAAGCACGUGUCAUUUACCAGAUGCCUUCAACUGCCAUCGCCUGGUCCGUCUACGAGUCCUUCAAGUACGUCCUGACUCGCAACGAAGAGAGCACCUUAGGACGGGGCAGCGCGAGUCGCACGUGAAGAGCUCCGAUGGAACUUCUGGACCAAAUCGGCACUAAUCGCAGAGGAGCUGCUGUUUGUCUCCAUCACACUUUAAUAGUCUCAACUUCUGAAGAAGAAAUCAACAAACGGAUGCUUGCGAUCACAACUUUUGGUUCCGUUUCAACUACUUUAUUUAUUGGAAGACAUUAUCGCUAUUACAAGCAGGAAAAUGCAUCUAGGCAGAUCAAUAGCCACCGUUAAACACGCACAAAUAUAGGCGAGAAAGAAGGCGUGAACUUGGAUCUCUGGUCAUGUAAUGCCAGCACUUAGGGUCUGAAUCUUUAGCUUUACCACAAUGAAAUUGUUUUUACAGAAUUGCUUACGAAAUGGAUCAUGCUCUGUAUUGGUGUCGGAUGGUGGGUGCCAUAGCUGGCCUUUGGACUCGGACCCAAAUUUGCAUACUUCCAUUCCAUAGGGUUUGUUGCCGGACAGCUGAUGGACACGUUUAACUGUCUGUGUGUUUGGAGUUAUAUGUAGGAAAAUUUAUGCCCCCCCCCCCAGCUUCUCUGGAUGUUGGAAGUCCUGUAGGUCUUUGUUUUGACCACCUAUUAUUUUACACAAGUGCUCUUCUUCAUUGGCAAACACUGCCUAUAUUCCAUACCAACUACACCCCUUUCCGCUGUUAAUAGACUGAAUAUAGUCAUUAAUUAAUAUCGUGGCGAGAUCUUGUAGCUUGAACUUAAUGAACUCCUGAUAGCUAUAGCAAGAGGCUGUAAUCUUACAGAUAAGCAGCUGGGUGAUAAAUAUUUUCGGAAAACACUUUAGUCAAAAUGAUGAUGAUGAUCCUAUACCUAGUAAAUUUUGCUCACAAACUUGCCUCAUCAUCCGAGUACAUUUUCACAUUGAAUUAAACAAGGUCCGAUAAGCCCCGCCUCCUCAGAUUUUUCCUCAUUUUGCCACAGCCAAUUAGAGCUCUGUUUCUGCCUCCAGGUUUGCUCUGAUUGGCUGCUGGGAACCAGAGAAGGAAAGUAGGACACUGUUUACUCUCUAAUACCCCUUUUCCACCAAAUCAGUUCCAGGGAUGGUUCGGGGCCGGUGCUGGUUCACAACUCGUUCAACUUGCGAGCCAGCUGAGAACCAGUUUGCUUUUCCAUCGCUUGCGGUGCUAAGGGAAGACACGUCAGUUACGUCGCUGUAUACGUCAGUUACGUCGUUGUAUACGUCAUUACGUCGCUGUAUACGUCAGUUACGUCGUUACGUUUGCAUAAACCUUGGCGCGAAUAUCGAAGCAAAAACAACACUGAAGAAGCAGCAGCAACAACAAUAAUAAUAAUGGAUGACUUCGCGUUUGUACAGCUGCUGCUUCUCGUCGCUUAAAAAUGGCGAUCUUUCGUGGUCUUGUUAUUGUUGUUGGUCUUAACAACUCCGCCCCCCCACUGACAUAAGCGGUUCUUUCCUCUGGCCCAGCAGAAAGUUGGUGUUAGCCUGGAACCGGUUUUUCUGGCCCCAGAGCCAGUUCUUUGUCAGUGGAAACAGAAAACCCGGUUCCAAACUAAGCACUGGCCCCGAACCAGCCCUGGAACUGCUUUGGUGGAAAAGGGGCAUAAGACCCCAUGCUGGUCAACAUUUUGUCAUUUCAUGCAUCUUGAGUAAUACAAAUGUGUCUGGAUUGAGCGAAAAGUGUAAAUGCAACCGGGUUUAAAUCGGAUCGCUCUGAUCAGGUCAGGAGAUCUGAAACGUAUAUCUUAUACAUGUUAUAAGAGUGUAAAUGUAUUGGUCUUUCCAAGCCAUGUUUGAAAACCAGAGUCCCAUCCAAUGGGUGAUGCACAUGCACCAUUAUUUAAAAAAAAACACACACAAAAAAAAACCACAACCCAAAAAAUGGCAGGAGCUGGUGUUGGGGCUGUGUAUGUUGUGUUCAUGCAGGUGGUUUCCCCCCUCCCUGGAAAUGUGAAAACAACGAAUUGGCUUUUUAUUCUAUUUUUGUUUUUCUUAAAGAGAGAACCAAUUUUUCCCCCCUAAUUUUUUUUAUUAAUUUAUUUAUUUAAGUACAAUAUUGCCUGGAAUUCAAAAUAUCUACAAAUCACAUGUUCCUGAAAAUAUUAAAAAAAAAAAGGUUUUAUUCGUGAAAUAAUACAAAUUUAAAGUCCAAAUACAAAUGUUAUUCUACAUUCUCCUUUUCUCUGGUUAACGUGUAAUCUGGAACCUUAUUCUGUUUUAUGAUAAAACAUUGGAUCAAGAUAUGCACAAAUAAAAUUUUAGCAACUCAAAUACUCUUAAAUUGCAUCACCUGGAAAAUCCUACGGAUAGUUUCAGCUGCCGUGUCGUCCCACUUUUUUUUUUCGUCCUGUUAAAAAGUAUGUAAGAAGGAUACAGUGAUCUAUAUUUAACAGUACAUCAGACACUAACGGCAAGCUUUUAAAUUAACCUUCUUGCUGGUAAAUACCCAGUAACGGCUGAUACGCUCCGAGUCGUUCAAAAUCGUUGAUUUAUUUUAGCCUAAACAUGAAUCUAAAAUUAUGUAAAACAACCAAAGGUGAAGUGCUGGAGCUUUUUGCAAUGCUUACUGUUUAAGAUCUUGUGUGAUUCCCCCCCCCCAAUCCAAAUGAACGAAACUUGUACAGAGAAGACUCGAAUGGAAAGAGCUACGCAUAUUAACGCACAAAUCGGCUAUAAAUCCUGACAAUACCUCAGCUAAUGUAUGUAGAAGAGGGCAGAUAGUACUUUUUCUUCCGAGCGUGUUACACUAAACACAUUCUUCAAAUCCGGGACCAUGUUUUUCAACACACUUUUUGAUUAAAAAAAAAAAA